UUGUCUCACCUCAACCCACCACCUCCGCACUUGUCGGCCGAAUUCGAGUGCGAACAUAACCGCUGUUAGAGUUAUCCUGAAGCACUGUCGCUUAGCCGUUUGAACCCGCACAGGAGAGCAUCUAAUUGCCAGCACCACCAACCACCCGCUCGUGUCUUAGAAUCCUCGUAUUCGCCCUGUCGCAGCGGCGACCUCGUCGCAUCACCCGUCUCAUUCAGCGGGCGUGCAGCGGCCGCUGUUGUUCCUCGUACUUGCAUCGCCCGGAGCCGAGGCUCGCGCGCGCGGGACUCAUCCGCCGUGUGGCGCGCGGCGCAUCGCCGGCCAUACCAUGGCGUCGCGCACCAGCUCCGGCGACAGUCGAGUCGACGCGCAAGACGGGCCUGCCGCGAUGCCGGGAGGGUCUGCCACGUCAGCACUGACCGCGCAGUCGCGAAUUGCGGUGGCCAGUCCGAGCCACGAGAACGCUGACGGUUGCAGUCCACAACUAUCCGCUCGCGCUGCCGCCUUCCCUGCCGCUUCCUCCUGUACAGCCCCCACCACCACCACCACAAGCGGCAGAAACGGCAGCAGCGUCAGCAGCGGCGGCGGCGGCGGCGGCGGCGGCGGCGGCAGUGCGCACGCGCGGGCGGGCGGGCAGGCGCCAUGGGUGCGCGCGAACAUCGAGGAGGUGGCGUCGCGCGCGGCGGUGGAGAAGGCGGAGGCGGAGCGGCGGCUGGCGGCGGCGGAGGCGCAGCUGCGCGCGGCGCUGGAGGAGCUCUACAACCGGCACCGCAAGCGGUCGGACGCGUACUCCGCCGUGUUCGGCGCGCGGCACCCGCUGUGCCAGCACGGCGACUCGUGCGUGGCGAACGCCGUGGGCAGCCUGUGCCAAAGCUUCCUGCUGGCGUACGGCGUGCGCGUGGGCAUCGGCGUGCUGCUGCGCGCCUUCAAACUCAUCCGCAACAAGUCGUUCAAGUCCGCGCUCGACCUCCAGCUGCUGCUGUCGGAGAAGAACCUGAUGGUGCGCGAGGAGGCGUGCCGCCUGGGGCUCUUCUUCGGGGGCUUCUCGGGCCUCUACCACGCCGCGCGCUGCCUGCUGCGCCGCUGCCGCGACUGCGACACGCCCGCCAACGCAGCCAUAGCAGGCGCGGUGUCGGGGCUGUCUGUGCUGGCUCUGGACGACCCCAACAAGCGCCGCUCGCUCGCUCUCUACCUGCUCGCCAGACUCGCCCAGUGCGUGUGUGCGUCCAAGGGGCGGUGGGCGCAAGUGCUGCAGAGCCACCCGCUGAGGAAGCUGGGCGGCACGGCGCUGUUCCUGUUUGCGUCGGCGCAGAUCAUGUACGCGUACGUCAUGCGCCCCGAGACCCUGCCCUCCACCUACUGGGACUUCAUCUCCCGCACCGGCCCCACCCCGCCACCCGUGCUCGAGGCGGUGCGGCGCAGCUGCCGGGGCCUGCCGAUGGACACGACGGCGCUCACGGCGUUCCUGCACGGGCGCACAGGGCAGCUGGCGCCGCUGUGCAUGGGGCCCGUGCCGGCCGUGGUGCCGUGCGCGGUGCUGCAUCCCGGGUGCGCGUCGUGCCCACGUGCGCAGCUGAGGGCCGCCAGGGACGCCUUCCGCAAGACCUUCCCGCUGUACCUCUCGCUCACCUUCGUGCCCUUCGUCGUGCUCAACAUGCACAAGUUCCUGCAGUCGCCCCUGCGCACGGUGUGGCUGGCCACUGUGUCCGCCCUGCGAUCCACGUCCUUCAUUGCUGUCUUCGUCGGCAUCUACCAGGCGUGUGUGUGCACGCAACGCAAGCUCGUGCUCAAGGACCACAAGUUCUACUACUGGCUCGCCGGGGCGGUGGCAGGGCUGUCAGUGCUGAUAGAGAAGGCGUCGCGGCGCACGGAGCUGACGCUGUAUGUGCUGCCGCGCGCGCUGGACUCGCUCAUCUACAUCCUCGUCCACCGCCACAUCCUGCCCGAUAUGAAGAUGGCCGAGGUGGUGCUGUUCUCGGCGUGCAUGGGCGGGCUCAUGUACUUCCACGACACCGACCCCUCCGCCAUGGCGCCCUUCAUCCGUGGCAUCCUCAACCGCUUCCUGCACCACUCCUCGCCCCCCUCACCCGCCGACCCCGCCCCCGCCCCCCUGCCACCUCCCUCCACCCUACCCACCGCUUCACCUUCACACCCUCCUGCUUUGGAACCCACGUCCUCGCCCCCUGCCCCGCUCUCCUCCUCCCUCUCCCCCACUCUGAGUCGCCUGCGUAUAGCUCGUACCUCUCCCCGUGCUGCCCAGGCAGGCAGCAGAGCGGCAGCUGCAACAGCAGCGGGCAGUGCGGUGGUGGGCGGUGGGGAGGUGAAUGGGCAGGGAGGGGAUUCACCGCUCAGCCCUGCUGCAAUGAGCCCCACGGUAACUGCAAAGAAGCUGGAGGCGGCAUUCCAAGGGUUGUGAUGCUGCUGCUGUGCUGACGCUUGCUGCAAAACCUCAUGGAUGAGAAGAGAGCGGCCUAUAUGGAUGGUGGUGGGAGUAAGCAACGCCCUAUCUCAGUCUAAGGCCUGUCACUGCUGGAAGUUUCCUUCUUAAUAAGUAGCACUUUUGUUUAAGUGUUUAUAAGCUGAUACCCUACCAAUACUGGUAGUAUCAUCAGC